UGGCAUCUUGCGCAUGCGCUCUUCAUUGUAUACUUCGUAAUGUUUUGAAUGUAGGGCGGAAGAUUAAGUGAUUUUUGGGCCCUUACCUGUCAUAUUUUGCCCUUUUCCACAGGAGUUGUGGAUUUUUGUUAUAUACUUUAUGUUUCUGUGUUGCUUGUUACGCCAUUUAUUGUGAGAAAUAUGUAAUAUUUAAAUGCGAAACUUUGGGACGAUGUACCCCCUCUGCAGAAUUCAUGGAGAAAAUCCGAGUGGGAGCUGUCAAAGGUAUUUCAGCUUGUUAUGAUGGAUAUGCACCUGGAAAACAAUUGUGCAUACUGAAUAAUGUCAUAUCCGAAUUCCAACGCCUACACGAACAAGCCUCCUCCCUUAGCAAUACCCCCGAAAUUACGGAGAGAACAGAAGCACUGGUCACAGAGAGUGAAUGAGACUGUCGUGUCAACUAGCCCAGAGGAUGGCCUGGGAAUCACGCUGUCCGGCGGGGCGGAUAACGGACAAUUCGUGUGGAUAGAGACCAUUAAGGCUGACCAGCUUACAUAUCACAGUGGCAAACUUUAUAUUGAUGAUUUAAUUCUUGAAAUUCAAGGACAAAAAAUUGCAGGAUAUACAUUGAGGGAUGCCAAUAUUUGGUUAAAACAGGUCAGCCAGAAUGGUGCACCUGUUAUGAUUAAAAGCAUUAAGAUAGGUUUACUGCCAAAAGAAUUACGACAGUUUUUGACUUCCAGAUUUCCAAAGGGUUCUGUGGAUCAUGAACUGCAGCAAACUAUUCGUGAUAACUUGUAUCUGAGAACUGUACCUUGUACAACUAGGCAGCCUAGACCGGGAGAAGUCAAUGGAGUGGACUACACGUUUUUAUCAAUGGAGGAGUUUAAUCAGUUAGAGAGGAGUGGCUGUCUGUUGGAGAGUGGUUUGUAUGAUGGAAACCAUUACGGCACUCCAAAACCGCCCAGUGAACCAAAGGGUCCAAACCUUCGGAGGUCCACUUCAAUGGGAACAGCAUUACCCAACUCCGGCGAUAACAAACGUCGGCGGAACCGAAGCAAUACUGAGGGUGGCUCAGCCCGUUCCUCGCCUGUAUCAUUCCAGUAUGAUGGGGAGCGUAAAAAGUCCAUGGACAGGAUGCAGGUGGAUGCCUCAUUAGGUUCUCUACCUCAGAACUGGGAGAAGGCCUUUACAGAGGAAGGAAUUCCUUACUUCAUAGAUCAUACCUCAGAAACCACACAUUGGUUGGAUCCUCGUCUCUCAAAGCUUCAGAAACAACAGGCCGGGGACUGUAAUGAUGAUGGUACUCCUACACAACCGCUCUACAAACGAACAGAGCUUCCAUUUGGUUGGGAGAAAGUGGAAGACCCCCACUAUGGGACUUAUUACAUAGAUCAUGUAAACAGAAGAACUCAGUAUGAGAAUCCUGUAACACAGGCCAAACGGCAAAAUCAGGGCACUGAUGUGAACAGCACACUACCUCGAACCAAAAAGAGCCAAGAAAACACUACCAAACGUUCCAUCAGCGACAACAACAUGAACGGCCGAGCUCCACCUGAGUACCAUCAGCUGGGCAGGGUGAACAGAAAACGAGAGAGAAGGGUGUUUACCAAGAACCCUGCAGAGUUGAAAGGGGAGGUAAUUGCUACAACUCUAGUGAAAAGUGUCCGGGGUUUUGGUUUCACCAUCAUCGGUGGAGAUCACACGGAUGAAGAGUUUUUACAAAUCAAAAAAGUGGUAGAAAAUGGACCAGCACAUAUUGAUGGCACCUUACAAACAGGUGAUGUUUUGGUCAAUGUCUGUGAUCGUUGUGUAUUAGGAUAUUCCCAUCAGGAUAUUGUCAAUCUGUUUCAAACAAUCCCCGCUGGACAGACUGUCACAUUGACUGUGUGUCGAGGUUACCCCUUGCCAUUUGACCCCGAUGACCCUAACACAGAGAUUAUUGUGACGGUAGCUGUGAACCUUCCCAAUGACUCUAACGUCAGUCAACCCCCACCAAGUUACUCGUAUUUCCAAGAAACUCAUGGCAUUCAGGACCCACACAAUACGUCAGCUAAGAGCAUGAAAUCUCUGCCGGAUUUAACACGAUCAGCUAACAUACCUUUGAAUCCAAGUUCAUAUAGUCAUCCUAAUGGAAACGGAGAUGCACCUGAUGUCCUGGGCAUUCAGAAACCGGAAAUUCUGACUAUUAAUAUUGUGAGAGGGGAGAUGGGGUUUGGAUUUACGAUAGCAGACAGUGUGUACGGGCAGAAAGUGAAACAAAUACUGGAUAAGCCUCGAUGUAAGAACCUUCAGGAGGGGGACAUACUGCAGAAGAUUAAUGACACGAAUGUACAGGAGAUGGCGCAUUCGGACAUUGUACAUGUGUUAAAGGGAUGUCCGAAAAAUGAAGAGUCUAGAAUUGUGGUUCAGAGAGGAGGAUUUCCACCAAAAAUGAAGAAAGCUUCACGAUCAUCACCUCGAUCAAUGGAGGAUAACAAAACAAACAAUGCAUCAGACACAAGUUUCAGCAGCAGCAACCAGCCAGGACAUUAUUUCUUUGAAAAUCAUUCCCACAGUGCAGAUAAGCGUGAUGCUUUUGAUGGUGUGGAACCACCCCCUCGUCCUAAAACACCGUCCUCAGAAUCUCGACCCAAAACUCCUACUUAUUUUGAAAAUCGCCCAAAAACACCAACAAGGAACACAGGAAUGUUUGUGAAUGACCAACGAGGAAAACCUCCAGUUGCUAGGCCACCACCUAGGAAUGACGAUUAUGGUAAAAAUUCAGCCAAUCAGGAUCUAAAUAUCAGUCAUGGAUCGUCAGAAUUUUACCUACCAUCAGGAAAUAAUGAUAUGUCCCGCCCUCCAACAGGAUCAAGAUUCGACCCAAGGUCUGAUCAUAGACCCUAUGGUAGAUUUCAUGAUUCAGGGAAUAGUCGAAGUAAUUUUCAUGAUAGAGACAGAGAAGGGGCAAAACCUGGGAUGUUCCGGAGUCGCACCCCAGGGCCUGAAAUGAUUAACAGGGGGUCAGAAUAUAGAAAUGAAUUUCAGAGACCAAAAACUCCCACUGCUCAUGAUAUGAGAAGCAAGACUCCCUUACCUGGUCAUAGCUAUGGGUAUUCAAACUCAAACCAUGAUUUUGGUGGUGGACAUUAUCAAAAUGUUGUGAAUGGACGAACAGGAUAUGGAAACAAUCAAAGGUCAUGGGGUCAGAAUCCAAAUUUACCAACAUCCCCUCCACCAUUACGGCGAGGGGACACAGUGAGUAGGAACAAUGUGAACAAUAUGUCUCAGUGGACUGGAGGAUUUCCACCUCCUCGACAGAGCACAUCUUUUGAGGACGUAAAUCCCUCCCCAAGUAACAUCACACAGGUUCCCAAACGCAUGCAGUCUCAUGCAUCACUCGGUGGAGCAGGACAAUCCAGAUUUGGAACCAGGUUCCCUGAAACGGAUGAUCCAAUUCGUAGCAUGGAAUUUACCAUCACACUACAGAAACAAGAGGCAGGCUUUGGUUUUCGAAUUAUUGGAGGUACAGAGGAGGGCUCUCAGGUGUCUGUUGGCCAUAUUGUACCUGACGGUUCAGCUGAUCUAGAUAGUCGUCUACGAACAGGCGAUGAGAUCACACAUGUUGAUGGGCAGACUGUCAUUAAUUCCUCACAUCAUAGGGUGGUGACCUUGAUGACCCAGGCUGGUCAUAGAGGCCAUGUGACUCUGGGGGUCAGGAGGCGGGUGUUUGGAGAUUCUGGCUAUCUAUCCUUAGGACACUCAGAGAUCUAUCCAUAUGAUGUCCUGGUCACACGACGAGAAACAGAGGGCUUUGGAUUCGUCAUCAUCUCCUCCAUAUCUAAGAUGGGCUCCGUGAUAGGUGAGUGCAUCGACCGAGUCAAUGACUGGUUAGAUAGGAAAUCUCUCUAUCCAUGGAUUGGUAAGAUCAUCGAAAACAGUCCAGCAGAGCGGUGUGGCAGGCUACACAUUGGAGACAGAAUUCUAGCCGUGAAUGGGGUGGACAUCUCACACAUGCAUCAUGAAGACAUUGUUAAUCUCAUCAAGGAUUCCGGGUAUUCUGUUACCCUGACAGUGGGGCCUCCCAUUGAUGAUGCUACAAGUAAUUCAUCAAAUUCUCAGAAGAGUCCUCAAGGUUCAAUGGUGAAUGCCAUGGCUUAUCCAGCAGUGCCAGACAGUGAACUAAGAAGGUUCCCGCCCCCACCCUCCCCGGCAGACAGGGGCUACAAGGACACCAAUAAACAUCACCUUUUCUCCAAACAUUCGGGUAUAGACGAAGGAGAGUACUACGUGGAACUGCCAAGAGGCUCGCGGGGGUUUGGAUUCUCAAUACGAGGAGGGCAGGAAUUUAACUGCAUGCCUUUGUUUGUUUUGAGGAUUGCAGAAGGAGGAUCCGCUGAUGUGGAUGGAAGACUCAGGGUGGGUGACCAGAUACUAGAAAUCAAUGGCUACAAAACAGACAGCAUGACACACUCGGAUGCUAUUGACAUCAUUCAGAAUGGAGGCCAAACAGUGCGUCUGCUAGUCAGGAGAACGGGAAAACUACCACCAGCAUUUGACUCUAGUCCAAUGGCGAGUGGAUACUCACCAUCAAACAAUGUACCAAUGACAAAUGGUCCUAUAGGUCAAAGUUCACCAUAUUUGGGUCGUCGCAACAUUGACAUGAGAGAACCGAACUAUUUCGGUUACCAGGGGAGUCGGCAGUACUCUGGUUAAAGAUCAAGAAAUGGAAAUACUUAUGGUUCCAAACCAAUAAACAAAGGAUGGCAGGGAAAAAGGACAAAGUAGAAUGUUGACUUUGCACCACAUCGGUGAAAUGUGAGAUUCUGAAGUGUGAUACAUGGUUUGAUAUUACUGUCAUGUGAUAUUCCGUAGAUUGAUUUAGUGGAUAAAAGUCUGCUGAGAUACGUAACUGUGUAUGAGGAAGAUUUCGCAUUUUUUAUACAGUUCUUUCAUAUUCUAAUGUUGACUGUACAUCCGUGUACUAGCAUUGUUGAUUAACAUGACACGUUCAUUACAUAAAUCAAAUUCCAGUUUGCAUUUGCAUUGUAAUGAAAGAACACAUAACAUAAAUCAAGCGUGCUAAAUAUCGAGAAUGACAACCCCCUAACAUCAAGGCAAUUUUUGAUAGCAUUAUCUCCAGGGUUACUGAUGGUAAUUAACUUUUUAUGGUCACCAUUUUUUAUUGUAUGAGCAAUGUCUAUUUAGAGUACCUAAAUGUAUUUUAAAAUGUCAUGUGAGGAGACAAUGAAUGGGCAUAUUAAAAGCAAUACCCCUUGUAAUCUAGUGCUGUUUGCUGUAUAUUUACAAUCUUGGUUUUCUCUUGCGUGUAUUGUGGCGUAUUUGGAAAUGAUUUCGUGAAACCAUGUAAUUUACCCAUUCUUUAAUUGAAAUAUUGUUAAUUGCAUUUCUGUGGUAUUUGCAAAAAGAGUACUGACUCGAACCCAGUGUGCAGUGGUCAGUUUAGGUUGUUAAUACUUGUAUAGCCUACAUGUGUACUAAUCACAAAGUUGUGAAUGUAAAUCUACCUAAUUAACACAAAAUGGGGCCAGUUUAACUAUGUGCAAAUUAAAAGGUGGAAUCUGUGAUGCUUUUCCUAAUUUCUAAACAUAUCAAUUUAUACAUGUAUUUGAAAGUAAAUUAUUCUCCAGUAUGCAAAGCUCUUUCUUCAAGAUUGGCAAUUCAGAUAUUUCUCUCUUAAAUAUUUUAAAUGUAAUUGCUUUCAAUAUACAUUUUAUACAAUUGAUAUUGUGAAAGUCUAUUUUUUUUUUUUUUGUUUUUUUUUUUUUGGUGACUUAGAAUUGAACUUUUAGAUAGUUGUUUUGCCGUUCCUAGAACACUUUUUUGUUUGCUGCUGAUUUCCGUUUCGCAAUAAUUUCCUUUUAUUACAGUCAGUUGUUGUAUGGACCUUCUGAAGGUGUGUUGUAUUUAUCUCAGAAGUUUGCUCUGACACCAAAUCAAGUAGUGUUUCUACAUACACGAAUUUAUAUAUUUUAUAUUUUUAAAAUGCAAUCUUAUUAUAGAUUUGGAAUUAACUUAAAUGUGCAUCGUGUUGGUGGCGUACACGAGAUAUUGUUUACAAGAUUUUUAAGAGUUAUUGGAGAUAUAACAUACAUAUAUUUUAUAAAACAUGCAAUUUCAAACCACACCCAGAUGGGGUUUGACAUCUGAAAUAUACACCCACUUCAUAUUUUUUUCCUUGCUGCAUGUAAUUCAUACAAGUAUGAAUUUCUGUUGAAUUAAUCUAUGCUGCAAAGUCUACAGCAUAUUUAUUAAAAUCAUUGAAGUUUUGUUUAACUAUAAAAUUAUUUGUUAAGGUGCAAAAUUUAAAUUUUCAUAUUGAUUUCUUACAAGAAUCUUGUGUUCCAAACUAUAUGUAAUUAAAUAUUCUUUUAAUGGUAAUUACAAGAUUGUAAGUGAAUUCAUUAUGUUCAGUCAUUUGUGAAUGUCAUAUCAUAUCAUUAAUUUAUCAAUGAUGUCACUGCAUUUACAUGAUAAACAUUAUAGGUCUUAUUUGAAUACUUUAUUAACCUCACAUACAGUUUAAAUAAAUUGUGAUGUAAUGAAAUGUUUUACAUAUUAUAUAGCCUGUUUAUACAUAUUAAUUAUAUUACCAGAAAAUACCAAGGUUGUAAAACAUUAGGUUGUAAUUGUUAUAGGGCUCUAGUGCAAGGUUUUUGUCGUUCAGAUAAAUACUUUAUAAGCAUUCUAUGCCUGGAAAUUUUUGACAUAUAUUUUCCUAAUAUUGAUGAAUGAGAUUGAUGUUUUUCUUUUUGAGAGUAAAAGUAUUUAAAGAUAUAUAAUGAUUAGUUUAUUAACACAUGGAACAUUUUUAUUCUCAUUUUUUUAAAGGCAUUUGGACAUUUCAGCCAAAAUUUAAGUGGUAUUUAAUUAUCCAGUCGUAUUUUUUUAAUGUUAUUUCAAUCAUGCUCUGUAAUCUUUUGUACUAUUUUUGGUCAUUUGUUAACGGCAGCACAGGUGUAAGUGGUAGGUAAUGAUACAACAGUUUAUGUUCUGUAGUAGUGAUGUAAAUAUAUACACUUCUGUAAGUAUGUACAGAUAACUAGACUGUAAGGUACAGAUAUCAUUUCACUUGUACAGGUCAAAAAAUAAAAUUUGUUAUACUAUGA